CAAGACAUCAAAGUCAUUUCUCCUACGACCUUUUGCACCUCAUUAGCUGAUAGGUGACCUGGGAGCAUUUUUAGACUGUAAUCGUUACCUUUCUUUCUAAUGCUCCUGUUAUUACUGGCACAGUUCUCAUUUUACAGUUCCACAUUCUGCUGGUCUCGAUUUCCAGGUUCUUGUGUCUACUCCUCGUUUCAGUUCAUUUUAGCUUAAUGUUCAGAUAAUCUGGAGCGGCUGUAUCGAUCAGCAGGCAUGUCUUGUCUUGUUUAAUUUUUGCUAAUGGUGUCUUCAGCCGUUGAUGCGCUGUUUUGCUCUGACCUCCUCUUGACUUGAGAGCACUAAUCCAUAUAAUUCAGAGCCAUAGUAGAGGGAAACUAGAACAGUGUUCAAACUAGGUCACGCCUGCUAAGGUCCAUCAUUCUUAAUGUAGUGAGAAAUCUCUCUGUGCGUGUUUGACAGUAUUACUUCUUGGUUGUCUUGUUAACCCUACAUACUUUAGCUCUUGAACUGUUUCAGGAAUGUGAGGUGUGUGCUUGAGGCAGAGUCAGCUCUGUGAGAAACAAGCCUUGAACUCGUGUGGUUUGAUAAAUCGACUACACGCACAAACGGGUCAUCUGUAGGCAUCACCUUUCCUCCCUCCUCCCUUUUCCUGUUUAUAUUUUUGUUGUCAUUUUUUGUGUUUUUGUUUUUUUUUUCUCUUCAACUUUUUUUGUUUUGGACAACAACUUGCCCAUAUUUCACAGAGUUGCAACCGAACAUUUUGAUGGUUUGGAGUCAAUCUCCACCCCCUGACUGACACAGAAUAGUGGGUCUAACAGAUCACAAGAAGAAACAUGAGCACAUCCAAGCCCAGUGGGAUCAAAGGGCCCAGCAAGAUAGGCAGGCCACCUGGGCCAGGGGCACCCAAGACCAACCCCACCACAGUGGCAUCAAAGGUUACAGCAGCAGACAAAUCAGCUCCAAGUGCCAGCGGAGGAGAUGGUUCGAACCCAGAGGAAAACUUCGAGAUUGGGGAGCGAGUGUGGGUGAAUGGGAAUAAGCCAGGGUAUAUACAGUUUUUGGGAGAUACCCAGUUUGCACCAGGUCAGUGGGCAGGAAUUGUUCUGGAUGAACCUAUCGGGAAGAAUGACGGUUCGGUGGCAGGGGUGCGCUACUUCCAGUGUGAAGCCCUGCGAGGAAUAUUUACCCGUCCAUCCAAGCUGUCUCGUACAGAGGGGGAAGCGAAUGGAACGCAGACAGCGCCGCCGUCCCGCGCUGCGUCGCCCACUCCUUCAGUCGGCAACGUGGCCUCAAAAACGCCCGCCGCAAAACCAGCCUCUUCUACCACUGCAGCCAAGAAGGCCUCACCACCUGCAUCGGCCACGCCACCCACGCCAGCUACACCAGCAGCAGCGCCCUCCAACCUCACACGCACCAACAGUGAAUCUGUCUCCAACCUCUCAGAGUCUGGAUCAGUGAAAAAGGGGGAACGGGAACUGAAGAUAAACGACCGUGUGUUGGUUGGUGGUACAAAAGCAGGAGUGGUGCGUUUCCUUGGAGAAACAGAUUUUGCCAAAGGCGAGUGGUGUGGUGUGGAACUGGACGAGCCUUUAGGAAAGAACGACGGAGCAGUAGCUGGAACAAGAUAUUUUCAGUGCCAACCCAAGUAUGGUUUGUUUGCCCCGGUUCACAAAGUCACUCGCAUUGGCUUUCCUUCUACAACGCCUGCCAAAGCGAAAACAACAGUACGAAAAGUAGUGGCCACACCAUCAGGGUUGAAGAGAAGCCCUAGUGCCUCUUCCAUCAGUACCAUGAGCUCUGUGGCAUCCUCCGUCAGUGCCAAGCCCAGUCGCACAGGCUUGCUAACAGAGACAUCAUCGCGAUAUAAUCGGAAGAUUUCGGGCACCACAGCCCUGCAGGAGGCGUUGAAGGAGAAGCAACAGCAUAUUGAGCAGCUGAUGGCUGAGAGGGACAUGGAAAGAGCAGAAGUUGCCAAGGCCACAAGCCACGCUGGGGAGAUGGAGCAAGAAAUAAGCUUGCUCAGGGAUGAUCAUGAGCAGAUGGAGGCCAAGAUGGAUCAGUUGCGUGCAUUGGUAGAAGCUGCAGAUAGAGACAAAGUUGAGCUUCUGAAUCAGUUGGAGGAGGAGCGCAGGAAGGUGGAGGACCUUCAGUUCCGUGUAGAGGAAGCUUGCAUUACCAAAGGAGACCUAGAGACGCAGACCAGGCUGGAGCAUGCCCACAUUAAGGAGCUUGAACAGAGCCUGCUCUUUGAAAAGACCAAAGCUGAGAAACUCCAAAGAGAGUUAGAAGACACUAGGGUUGCUACUGUGUCAGAAAGAUCUCGUAUUAUGGAGCUUGAGAGGGACCUUUCACUACGAACAAGAGAGGUAGCUGACCUGAGGCUGCGUCUUGGGUCCCAGCAGGGCUCCGAGGACACAGAGUCGGCUCUUUCUCCUCUUCUGGAAGAAAUCAACUCUGUGCGAGAAAAGUUGGCUUCUGAACAAACUAAGCACCAAGAAGAGCUUUCAAAAUACAAGGAGCGAUUAGAAGCUCAAGAAAAGAGCCAGGGUGAGGCAGUCGCCCAGCUUCAGGCGACAUCUGUAAGGCUUUCAAGUGAAAAUGAACAGCUGCAGAUGCGUUUAAGCCAGGCUGAGAAGGAGAAUGCCGACAGUGCUGAACAGUGGCGUUCGAAGUUGGAGUCAGCCAAUGUUUCUCACCAGCAAGCAAUGGACGAUUUAAAAGUGUCGUUGAGUAAAGGCGCAGGUGCCCUGACAGAAGAGCUUGUAGAAACCAAAAGUGUCCUAGAGAGGCUGAAGUCGGAGCACAAGGUGUCUCUGGAGGAGGCUGAUGCAAAACAUGAAGUUGCUGCCAGAGCUUGGGCUCAAGAGUUACAGCUACUGAAGGCACAAUUACUGUCUUUGAUGGAAGACAAGAUGCGACUGGAGGAGUCACUGCGGUCCAAUGUUGAAAAAGCAGAGGAACAGCACCUUGUUGAAAUGGAGGAUGUUCUUGGAAAGCUCCAUGCUGCUGAACUUAGGAUAAAGGAGCUUGAGGAGAAAGAUGUAACGUUGGGGCAACAGACCCAAGACAAGGACAGAGAAACCAAAGAACACAUAGCAGAAAUAGAGGCUUUACGUAGCCAAGCAGCACAAGGUAACCAGGAGGUCGUGACCCUGAAAAGUCAGUUAGAAAAGGUCCGCAGUCAAGCGAACAACCAGGGAGUCAAGAUAAGUGAGUUGAGCUCUCAGUUGGAGGCCCAACAGCAGGAAGUCUUAACUUCACAGCAGAGCCUGACCACUGUAAAACAGGAAAAGGACACCCUGGAACAGGAGCUUGGAGAACUGAAACAAAAACUGGCUGAAAGCACAGAGGAAAAGGCAAAAUCAGCAAAAACUAUGCAAGAAACACUUGAGAAACUCUGCAAGAAAGAAGAACAGUGCACAUCUCUGAGCACAGAAGUAGAAAGUCUAAGGAGUCAGCUUGCUGGGCUUGAGCGGAAGCUAGGAACAGCAGAUGACAAGCUUGAACAGCUGUCCAAGGACAAAAGCAAGCUGGAAAACGAUAUUUCAGACAUGAUGAAGGCAUCUGGCAAUAAUUCAGUACAGCUGACCAAAAUGAACGAAGACCUUAUACAGAAAGAAAGGCGACUUGAGGAGUUACAAAGUCAACUGGCUGAGGAGAAGGAGAAGGUGGCGCACUUGAAUGAACAGCUCCAGAAGGAACAGUCACUAAAAGAACAGGAGCUUAAAGAGAACACACAAAACCAUGAGUCCCAAACACGUAGCCUUCAGGAGAAGAUUUCUACUUUGGAAGAGACUGUUAAAAAGGGUGAAACUCUAGUUGAGGAACUGAAGGUUUCUCAGGAGAAAUCCCUCUCACAGGCCUUAGACGUUCAUGUGAAGGAACGUGACAAGCUCCAGAAUCAAGUUGAGAAGUUGCAGCAGGAGCUCUCCUCAUCCAAGAACCAAACCCAGGAGCUGGAAAAACUGGUGUCUGAGCUGCAACCAUUAAAAGAACAGGUUCAGUGUCUUUCUGCUGAGCUUGACUCCUACAAACAUGAUGUUGAUCAUUUGUCGAAAGAGCUGGAAAAGCAGAGUCUAGAUCUGGAAAAGCAAUGUAAGGAAAAUGAGAACAGUAAGGCUGAGAAAAACAAACUGGAGCAACAGCUUUUAGAUGUGACAAGUAAACUCUCUGCCCUUGAGCUCAGUCACCAUGAUCUCUCAGUCAAGAACGAAGAACUGCUAACUUCCAGAGAUAAGCUUUCAAAACAUCAAGAGGAACUACUUGCUAACAGCAGGUGUUCAGAUGAAGAAAAUAUUUUAUUGCACAAGGAGCUGCAGAUCAUCAAAGAAAGUCUUCAGGAAAUACAGACUGAGAACAAAAACCUGAAGCUUGCUAAUGAUGAAUACCAGGUCCAAACGGAGAAGCUUCAAAGACAAAAUGCAGAGAAGGAUGACUUGCUUCUAAAACAUCAGCAGGACAUCCAACAAAUUGAGGCUAGAAAGAGAAAGCUUCUUGACGAUUAUGAAAAUGUCUGUCAAGACAGGAACCGGCUUGAAGAGGACCUCACCGAAAGCAGGUCAAAGUUCACUUGUGAGAAGGAGGAUUUAAUUUUAGAGAGAGAUGCUGCAAGAAAUGCUAAAAAAUCUCUUGAUGCUAAGAAUGCUGAGUUGCAGGCAAAACUUAAAUCCUUGAACUUGGAAAAAGAAGAUCUUACAAUGAAGAAUAGCCAGUUGCAGGCCCUCACAGAGGCACUGACAAAAGAAAAAAUGGAGAUGUCCUCUGAAAUCAAUUCUGCUGUCCUGAAUAAAAAGAGCCUUGAGGUAGCGAAGGAGGAGCUUCAGAAUAAGCUCAGUGUUACAAAGAAAGAACUGGAGAGCUCUGUUCGUCAGUGUGAAGAACUUCGAGCCGCAAAAAUCAGCUUAGCACAGAUGCUAGAGGACUUCAAGACAAGCAGUGAGGUAACUGAUUCUGAGAAGCUUCACCUUCUGCAGGAGAAAGAAGAAUUACUUGCAAUCCAAAGAAAGGUCUCGAAUGAAAAGGAAGAACUCCUCAAAGAGACAGAAGAGUUAAAGGAGGAGCUUAAAGCCUUAGCAGAUCAGCUGUCUCAGUCCAAUAAGAAAUAUCAGGAAGCUUUAUCAUCUUUUGAGCAAGAGAAACAAGUGUUUCGUGUUCAAAGUUCUGAAAAUGAGAUGGCUCUACAUAGUAUCCGUAAGGAAAAAAUGAGCUUGGAUUCAACACUAGAACAGCAGAAAAUGGAUUAUGAGUGUUUGUCAGGGGAGAAGGGAGAGCUGGAGGAGAAGUACACAAAAGCUGUAUCGGAGAAGAACAUGCUUUCUCUGGAGCGCGAUAAGCUAGCUGGUGAUAUUCGGUCAGCUAGGGAGCAGUUGGAUAGUUACUCCAGAGCUAAUGCCGGCCUCAUUCAAGAAAAGGCUGACUUAACAACAAUGCUGGAGAAAAUAAAGGACCAAAAAGAGGAGACUGAGGCAAAGAUGACUUUUUUGAAACAAGAAAAGGUUGACUUAGAAAAAGAGUUGCAAAAACACAAUACCAAUAUUGAAAUUCUUCAGAAAGACAAGGGUGAGCUUAUUCAGGAGUUGGGUAAAGUAAAAAAGGAUUUUGAAAAGACCAAUUUACAACUUGUUCAACAAGUGGACAACCUUAAAGCAGAUAGUCAGCGUCUGCAAUUGUUGCAGACUGAGGUUAACACAGAAGUGCAGUCCUUACAAAAAGAAAAAAAGAGGCUGUUACAGGAGAUCCAGGAGUUAAAGAAUCUGACUGAAUCACUGUCACAGUUCAAGGGCCUGCUUGAGUCCAAACUACAGGAUGAAUCCAGUGAAAGAAAUAAAGAGAUCUCUAAGAAUGAUGCUCUGUCCAGACAAAUUGAGGAGCUGCAGAAAACAUUGUCCAAAGUUACAAAAGAAAAUGAGGAGAUGUCCUCUAAUCUCCAGGAUGCUGAUGUGCAUAGGAAAUCUUUCCUAGUGGAUAAGGAAGCAUUGGAAACGAGGUUUAAACAGCAAGAACAAGAAAUCGGUAAUUUGAGAGAAGAUAAUGAACAGCUGCUGUCUAAGCUUGAGAAAACCAGCGUAGAGAUGAGCCUCCUCACCACGGAGAAGGAGAACCUCUUGGCAGCACAGUGCAAGUUGGACCAGGACGUCGCUUCGCUCCACACCAAGCAGGACGAUUGGCUCGCAGAACGAUCACGGCUCCUUGAAGAUGUGGAGAAGUUGCGAACUAGCCAGAAACAUCUUGUGGUUGACAUCCAGACCCUACAAAUGGAUAAACAGCGUUUGGAGGACAAAUACCGGACCGCCGCUGCAGAGGUAUCGGCCUCUGCCGUUGAAAAAGAGGAGAUCUCCUCCAGCAUCUCCAGCCUGACGGCUCAGAGAGAUGCCCUGCAGGUGGAGAAAGACGAAGCCACACAGCAAGUCAGGCAGCUGGAGAGCCAACUAAAACAUGCCAUUUCUAAACAGCAUGAGGCUACAGAGGUUUCUGCCAAGACUGCUGAGGCUCUUGAACAGCUGACAAAAGACAAAGCCAGUUUGAUGAAAGAGAAGAACGACAUCCAGUCCUUGGUGGAUGAGCUCCAGCGAUCCAAGCUGGAGGUUGAGAUGCAGCUCGAAACAUUGAAAAAGGAGAAUUCCAAGUACCAGGAAGAUCUGAUUGUAUCCAAAGAGCAGUUUGGCACUGAAACUGAAAAGACCAAGAGCCUGUGCCAGGAAAUUGACAUGCUGAAAGACGCAGUGUCUGUGAAGUCACAGUCUCUGCAGAUGCUGCAAGAUGAGAACAAGAAGCUGACUCAGGAGCUCGAUAACAAUCAGAAAGGCCAAAGUGAUGUUGUGAAGCUCAAGGAUGAGCACUCAAAACUCAAAAAACAAUUAGAUGACUUGAAGCAAAGCCUGCCAAACAAUGCCUUCAGUGAAAACACCUUGAAGGAGCAGCUGGAAAAGGAGAAGGCUGCCCUCCAACAGUCCAUCCAUAAAAACAGUGCCUUAAUCUCAGAAAAGGACCAGCAGGUGGAAAGUCUUAGAAGUGAGCUGGCUGUACUGCAUAGAGAGAGUAUCUCAGUUAAGACGUUGCAGGGUACAAUUGAGGCCUUAGAGAAGGAGAAGGUAAAUCUACAAGCUCGUGUUCAGAGGCUGGAGAAGGACCUGGCUGCGGGUCCUGAAACAGUGAAGUCCUCAGGUGAUGUGGUUCUUGACCAACUAAGGGAGGAUAAGGAGACUGCAGAGAGUCAGAUUGAGUUCCUGAAUUCAGUCAUUGUUGACCUCCAGAGGAAGAAUCAGGACCUCAAGGACAAGCUGGAGAAAAUGGCAGCUGCUGCUCUAAAUGGGAAUAAUCCAAAUGAACUGGAUAAUUACGAUGGUCAUGAAGAAGAACCCACGAAGAAGAAACCUCCCCCAAGGCUGUUCUGCGACAUCUGUGACUGCUUUGAUCUUCAUGACACAGAGGACUGUCCCACACAGAUGCAGAUGCCUGAUUCCCCUCCACACACCACCUACCACGGUAACAAGGCCGAGGAACGACCUUACUGCGACAUCUGUGAGGUGUUCGGCCACUGGACCGACGCUUGUAAUGAUGACCAGACCUUUUAAAAGCCUUUUUAACCCUUGUUCGCACAAUCACUAUAUUUGCACAUCAUGUUAAAAUAUGCGGUGAUUUUCGGGGCUUAGUUUGUGUGUGUGCGUGUGUGUGCGUGUGUGUGCGUGUGUGUGCGUGUGUGUGCGUGUGUGCUUGUUUUUGCCAAGCGUCCUUACUGUCCAUGCCCACCCUCAAGCGCUCUUAGAGGGAAACGCUCUCCUCAGAAUCUCUGUCCAGAAAAAUAAAAUACAGCAGUUAAGACUUUGUAAUUGCUUCUGAUUUUGGGAAGAUGAAUGUUUUAUCCUCUUUUCUUUUUUUGUGAGCGAAGGGAUAAGUUAAGUGGAAGUAUCAUUGUGGGAGAAGUAAUAGUAUUGUUCAUGUCAUUUAAUUUAUCAAUAUCCUAAUACUGUUUGCACAGGUUGUUGGGGGUUACAGAGAUAAUAUAGUGUAACACAAGGUGUGUAUUUGGAACUGUAAAUGACUUGAUUGAUAAACGUUUGUGCAGAAACUGGUGAGCUAUAGUUUAUUUUUUUAUGCCUGGAAAUACUAUGUACUUUGAUAGCGUUUGAUUUGCUCACGCCUGCCAGGGCUGGAGCAGCUACGAGGAUCGACUCACAGACACGUUGACUUUAACGGGGACUUUUUUCUAGUUUUCUGGAAGCGAGUGUGGGCUGAUAAGUAGAGGUAAAGCACUUCACGCUUACUGUGAGGGCUCCGUUCCAGUCAAAUGGCCUUUCCAAAAAGUUUGUUUGCAUUUAAAAAGAGGAUUUCUGUAUGAAAUAAUGAUACUUUGAGAUUUCUUUAAAAUGUUUUGAAUAUAUGUAUAAAAAUAAAUAAACUUUAUGUAUAAAGUAAAA